CUCGCAGCCCUAGAAAGUUAAACGCCAGUCUGUGCUGGGGGGAGUAGGAGGAGGUGUUUGUUAUCCCAAUCCAGCCUCCAGGGCCAUCCUACCGGCCAAUAUGAAGCAUGUGCUCGCAACAGAUGUGUCCGAUGCUUAACUAAGGUCUCCAAGACUUCAGAGAGACCCUAUAAGGCCGAAGCCCUGCAUGAGCCACCACACAAUGAUCAGAAGCUCGAAGGAGGACAUUGCCAUGGAGGUGGCAGCAGAAUGCGAGCAGCCAUCUGUAGACUCAGAGACAGCAGCCUUAAACGUUCCGGCCCCUGGUCCCACUGUGAGCUUCUACAACCUCCGCUACUGCGUUAAAGAGCGUGCUGGAAUGUUCAGCAUGACGUGGGUGGAGAAGGAGAUCCUCAAAGAUGUCAGUGGUAUUAUGAACUCUGGGAUGAAUGCAGUCAUGGGCCCCACUGGCAGUGGAAAAACAUCACUUCUAGAUGUAAUUGCGGGAAGGAAAGAUCCUCAAGGCUUGAAAUCGGGGCAGGUUCUGGUGGACGGUGCGAUUGUGACCUCCAGCCUCAGACUCUCCUCUGCUUAUGUGGUUCAGAAUGAUGUUCUGAUGGGUACCCUCACUAUUAGGGAGAACCUCACUUUCUCCGCUAAUCUCCAGCUCUCACCAGCAGACCACAGCUCCUCAGACAAAGCCAUGAAGGUUGAAUCAGUCAUUCAGGAACUGGGCUUGAAAGACUGCGCUGACACCAAAAUAGGCACGAUGUUUUUGCGAGGUGUAUCUGGUGGGGAGAAGAAAAGGUGCAGUAUUGGCAUGGAGCUCAUCACCUCCCCCUCUCUCCUCUUCCUGGAUGAGCCCACCACGGGCCUGGACUCCAACACUGCUAAUGCGAUCAUCGCUCUGCUGCAUAAGCUCUCCAGGAACGGGAGAACUAUCAUCUUCUCAAUUCACCAGCCUCGCUACUCCAUCUUCCAACAGUUCGACCACCUCACGCUCAUGAAUAAGGGAGAGAUCAUCUACGCAGGCUCUGCAGACAAAGCCAUAAGCUAUUUUGAAGGACUAGGUUACAAAUGUGGUCCGUUCAAUAACCCAGCAGAUUUCUUCCUUGACAUCAUCAACGAAACCUUGCUUCCUCAAGCUGAUUCUGUCAAAUCAGAGAAUGUGAACGGUGGUGAACUGGUGGUCAGUGAGAAUCCUCUGGCUGUAAAGUACAGACAGUCUCCGCAGUGCUGCAGAGUUACUGAGCAGCUCCAGGAACUGACAGAGGGGCUGAAGCCCGAGAGCAGACCGGCCAGUAAAGAAGCCAACUAUGCCACACCCUUUUAUUACCAGCUCAUGCUGGUGAGCGCCCGCACAGUGAAGAACAUCUUGCGGAACCCUCAGACCUCCUACGCGCAGCUGUUCCUCAACAUUUUCUUCGGUGUUCUAGUGGGACUGAUCUACUAUCAGAUUCCCAACUCACUACCAGAGGCUCUACAGAACAGGACUGGAGCGUUCUUCUUCCUGGUCAUCAACAUGGUCUUUGGUAACCUGUCUGCAGUGGAGCUCUUCAUCAGUGAGAGAGUGCUCUUCAUCCACGAGAAUUCGAGUGGCUACUAUCGCACGUCUGUGUACUUCCUGUCCAAAGUGUUUGCUGACCUCAUUCCAAACCGCAUCCUCCCAGUUUUCAUCUUCUCCGCCAUCCCCUACUUCAUGAUGGCUCUAAAGCCUGAAGUGGAAGCAUUUUUCCUGUACUGUGUGACUAUGAGUAUGGUCAGUUUGUCAGCGGUCAGCCUGGCUUUUCUGGUCAGUGCCAGCGUGGCCUCGUUCGCCAUGGCUAACAUUUUGAUUGCCCUGCCCUUUGUCUUUAUGAUGGUGUUUGGAGGAUUCCUGGUGAACCUGAACUCAAUGCUCAGCUGGAUGUCUUGGCUGAAGUGGAUCAGUAUAUUCCGCUAUGGCUUCAACGCCCUGGCCAUCAAUGAGCUGAAAGGUCUAGUGUUCACCAGCAACUACACCACAAUGACCGGUGAAAUGUAUCUGGACCAUCAGGAGAUUGACUACAGCACUUGGGGCUUCUGGCAGAACCAGGUGGCCCUGGCCGGUAUCAUGUGCGUAUGUUUGGUGUUGGCCUACGUGCAGCUCCGACGAAUCAAACGCUGGAAGUGAGGGUGGACUGUGCUGACCACACACGUACGAGCUGUGUCCCAGUUCAGGGUCUGCAUGUUUCGAAGGACACGGUCUACGAAGGUGUGUCCUUCAAAGGCUGUUUAGACCUGUGAAGGCUGAACUAAAUGAGAUGGUCUGCUCUGUGUCGGAUUUCCUGUUUGAGUCACAGCACCACUGUUCCCGCCCUUACUGCUACAUCACGUAACGCUGCUCCUGUCAAGUUUUAAAGUUCUUUAAAGAUGGAGCCACAAACUUUGGUUUUACUUUUUUUAUUUUUUCAUUCAUUGGCUGCCCGCACGUUAGCGUAAAUUUAGCUAAAGACCACAUGGGCUUCUUUAACAUUUGUAUCUUUAGCUAUUCGACUCAGUUUAAACCCAAUACAUGCAUUUAAAAGUGUCUCCUCAGCCGCCGUUCACUCCUCUGCUGACACCAUGUUCUCAAAUCUCCACGCAAUGAACCUCGGGAUACGUUGGCUGGCGAAGGAUCCACCCGUUGGAUCCUUUGUUGCCGUGGAAAAGAAGGACACAUUUCUCAGCCACAUAUGAAGGAGCCUUCGAAAUGGGACAGCCUAGUUGCACCGCUGUGAUGCAGUCGGCCUUUAAAUGCAGCCUCCGAAGGACGCAGCCGCUGAAUUGGGACGCAGCUGCGGAGACUCCAAUUCUUCACAAACUCGGGGGUGUUGUGUAAAUGACAGUGGUAAUCAGGGCUCCCACUCUUUUUAGGAAAUCAUUUUCCAGGACAAAUUCCAGAACUGCUGUUUUUAGAUAUACACUUGUUGAAAGGUCAUCUCAGAAUGAUUUCAUCCUUAGCAUUAAAGUCAACAACACAGCCCCUAAAGGCCCCUGAGUAACAUACUGACCAUCACAGAAGCCAUUCCUCAGCCAAUCAUCCUUCAUUUCACCGCAAGUUCUACUAAAUUAUGAGUGUUACACACUGUAAGAAUGUAGCCUCAACAUGGCGUGACCACAAUUCUGUCCACGUCUAACACCACAGCCUUACAAACUACAAUAGGUAUGUAUGGACGCUCAAACUGGGUUCUGGCAGCUAAAAAUACAUGGUUUUAUUUCUGUGGUUUAAUCCAGCCUUUUUACACUUUUAACGGACGUAUUAUAUUUAUAUUAUCUAUAAAGACUUAAUAUUUUCAAGACAUUUUAUGAUUUUUCUUAUUUUCCAGGUGUUUUCCAUGACUGGAAAACUACACACUUAAAAAGAAGGUUCUUCAAGGGUUCUUUGGUACAGAAAAUGAUUCUAUA